AUGUUUCACAGAGUCCUAUUUGACCAGGCAGGGGACAGAAGAGCAAGAAGAAUGGGCGUUGCUGGAUUUAUGAUGAAUGUGACUUGGGAAGGUAAGGAUUUGUCCUUCACUGCCGAUGGUUAUCAGGCACACCCCAGGCUGGUGGUGAUCGUACUGAACAAAGAUCGUGUGUGGGAGAAGGUGGGGAAAUGGGAGAACAACUCACUGAGCCUGAAAUACUCUGUCUGGCCAAGGUACAGUUCCUUUGCAGACAGUGAUCCAGAUGAUAACCACCUGAGUAUCGUCACCCUGGAGGAGGCUCCCUUUGUCAUCGUUGAAGAUGUGGAUCCUUUGAUGGAAAGCUGCCAAAAAAACACUGUGCCAUGUCGUAAAUUUGUCAAAAUUAACAACUCAACUAAUGAGGGAACUAAUGUAAAGAAGUGCUGCAAAGGAUUCUGCAUUGAUAUCUUGAAGAAGUUGUCUAAAACUGUCAAGUUCACAUACGACCUGUACUUGGUGACUAACGGGAAGCAUGGCAAAAAAGUCAAUAAUGUGUGGAAUGGAAUGAUUGGUGAAGUGGUUUAUCAUCGUGCAGUUAUGGCUGUGGGGUCUCUCACUAUUAAUGAAGAGCGCUCUGAAGUGGUUGACUUCUCAGUGCCAUUUGUUGAGACUGGGAUUAGUGUCAUGGUGUCACGGAGCAAUGGCACAGUUUCACCAUCUGCUUUUCUAGAGCCUUUUAGUGCUUCUGUCUGGGUGAUGAUGUUUGUGAUGCUUCUCAUUGUGUCCGCCAUGGCUGUAUUUAUAUUUGAGUACUUCAGUCCUGUAGGAUAUAACAGGAACCUAGCACAAGGAAGAGAUCCCCAUGGACCAUCCUUCACCAUUGGAAAGGCAGUAUGGUUACUCUGGGGCUUGGUAUUCAACAACUCCGUGCCUGUGCAAAACCCCAAAGGGACAACCAGUAAAAUUAUGGUGUCAGUUUGGGCCUUCUUUGCUGUCAUUUUCCUGGCUAGUUAUACUGCCAACUUAGCUGCAUUUAUGAUUCAAGAGGAGUUUGUUGACCAAGUGACUGGACUGAGUGAUAAAAAGUUUCAAAGACCACAUGAUUAUUCACCUCCUUUUCGAUUUGGAACUGUCCCAAAUGGCAGCACAGAAAGGAAUAUCAGAAACAACUAUCCUGAUAUGCACCUCUACAUGACAAAAUAUAAUCAAAAAGGAGUUGAAGAUGCCUUGGUCAGCUUGAAAACUGGGAAGUUGGAUGCUUUCAUCUAUGAUGCAGCAGUGCUGAACUACAAGGCUGGAAGAGAUGAAGGCUGCAAACUUGUCACAAUAGGCAGUGGAUACAUCUUUGCCACUACGGGUUAUGGAAUAGCACUUCAGAAGGGAUCACCUUGGAAGAGACAAAUUGAUCUAGCCCUUCUUCAGUUUGUUGGAGAUGGUUUCCUUCCCAUCUGUCUGUUUGUCCUCUCAGCUAGCCUCAUGCUGGAUUUCUCUCUUCAGUCCAAGGAGGCUGAGCUGGCGUGGGGUUGGCCAGUCCUACAGUCCUGGCUUAUAGUGGAAAAGCACAUGGAUGUGAUGUCAACAUUCUUCCAAUUUGGGGCUUCUAUCCAGCAGGAAGCCAUCGUCAUGCUUAAGAUCAUGCAGGAUUAUGACUGGCACGUGUUUUCUCUGGUAACCACCACCUUUCCUGGGUAUCGAGACUUCAUCAAUGUCAUUAAGACCACAGUGGAAAAUAGUUUUGUGGGAUGGGACAUGCAGAACAUCAUCAUUCUUGAUACUGCCUUUGGAGAUGCCAAGACACAAAUUCAGCUGAAGAAAAUUCAUUCAUCUGUCAUCCUGCUCUAUUGUUCCAAGGAUGAAGCUGUCUACAUACUAGAUGAGGCUCGCUCGCUGGGCCUUACCGGGUAUGAUUUCUUUUGGAUAGUUCCAAGCCUGGUUAGUGGUAACACAGAAAUUACUCCCAAGGAAUUUCCUUCGGGACUCAUUUCAGCAUCUUAUGACGAAUGGGACUACAGUUUAGAAGCUCGGGUGCGGGAUGGCCUUGGGAUUAUUGCCACCGCUGCAUCAGCCAUGCUGGAAAAGUAUUCCUUCAUUCCUGAAGCAAAAACUAGCUGCUAUGGUCAACUGGAGAAAAACGACCGGCCAUCUCACACUUUGCACCAGUAA